AUGGAAGAAAAUGAAGAAUUUUCAUCAGAUGAUUCCAACUUUUCUGAUGAAUCGGAAAGUUCAAUAUCAUCUACAAGUACAACAACUUACAGUAGCGAAAUAAUUAAAUCUAAAAAUAUUUUAUUGCCUAUUAUACUAAAAGUGGAUAAAUCAGAACCGGAUAUAGGAAAAUCUUUGCAAAAGGAUAUAGCAAUAUCAAGUAGCCAAACGGAAAUCAAUAAUGAAAAGCUGGAAAAAAAUCAGAAAUCUAGUAGAAAAGGAAAAAAAAACCGUUUAUCAAUUUGUAUAACACAAACACGUUAUAAAAUAGUUGGAAAAGUUGCCAAAUCUGUAGGAUGGAGAUUAGUUCGAUUUUCAGGUCAUUGGAAUAUUUUAUGGGUGGAUACUGAUCCUGGUAUUGAAACAUAUAAGGAUAUGAAACGAUAUCAAAAAGUUAAUCAUUUUCCGGGAAUGCAAGAAAUUUGCCGAAAAGAUUUAUUAGCAAGGAAUUUGGGGAGAUUAUUGAAAAUUUAUCCAGAGGAAUAUGAUUUUUAUCCAAAAACUUGGUGUUUUCCAGCAGAUUACAUGGAAGCGGUAAAUUUUAGUAGAGAACAUAGAAAUAAAACCUUCAUAUUGAAACCGGAUGCAGGAGCACAAGGUCGCGGAAUAUUUUUAACAAAAAAUAUAAAAGAAAAUGUUAAACCUACAGAGCGUUUAAUUUGCCAACUAUACAUUAAUAAGCCCUUACUAAUUGAUGGAUUUAAAUUUGAUUUACGAGUGUAUACAUUAAUAACAACAGUUGAUCCUCUUAGAAUAUUUGUUUAUAACGAAGGUUUAGUCCGAAUGGCUACAAGUAAAUAUAAGGAACCAAAUGAGUUUAAUGUUUCAGAUUUAUUUAUGCAUUUAACAAAUUAUUCAGUAAAUAAACGAAGUGAUAAUUUUUCACAUGAUGCACAGCUUGGUAGUAAACGAAAGUUUAGUUCUUUACAUCGUAAUCUUAUAAAAGAAGGUUAUGAUAUUGAUACAUUAUGGCGGAAUAUUGAUGAUACAAUUAUUAAGACAAUUCUGAGUAGUUGGCCUAUGUUAAAACAUAAUUACAGAGCAUGUUUUCCUUGUCAUGACGUAAUGCAAGCAUGUUUUGAAAUUUUAGGCUUUGAUAUUUUAGUAGAUCGUAAUCUUAAGCCGUAUAUUUUGGAGGUGAAUCAAUCACCAAGUUUUUAUACUGACGAACCAGUUGAUUAUGAAGUGAAGGAAGCAUUAAUUAGAGACACGUUAAAUUUAUUAAAUAUAUCAUUGAUUGAUAAAACAAAAAUAAUAAAUGAAGAUAAAAAACGAAUUAAAAUGAGAUUAUUAACGAAUAGGAGAAGAACUAAAUUAAAAUCUUCAUAUAGUAAAGAUCACUUGACAAAUCCUUCGAUUAUUAGUCCAUUAGGGCAACAAAUUGCUUGGGAAGAAAGUCAUUUAGGUGGUUUUCGACGAAUAAUGCCAGCACAAACGGAUACACAUAAAUAUUCCCAUUUGAUUCAAUCACAAAACCAAGCAUCAAUAUAUUCUGAAACUGCCGCUAGUAAAAGGCGUGAGGAGGCAGCUAAGCAAAUGAGAAUAGCUAUAUUAGAAAAACAAAGGCGAAAUCAAGCUAUGAUCUUAACAAAUAAAUCUUUAAAGAGGAGAAUUGGAGCGCCAUCAUUAAGAAAAUCUAAAGAAAAUUGUGCUCUUAAAAAGCUAUGGUCUAAUGGGGGAGUAGUAAAUGAUUUUGAAGAACGUGAAAGAAGAAGACUUUUAUUAGAGAGAGAGGAAAUGUUAAGGCAAAGUGGUGUGCUUAAUUUGAUAUUGGAAACAUUUCACAAAAUGAGAAUAUUGAGUGAUUCAGAUCAUUUAAAAUUUAGUGAAGAAAUUAAGGGAUUGAAUCAAAAAGUUGAUCAAGGCCACCACAAAUUAAAUUUACAAAAUCUUACAUGUUAUACAGCCACAGUUAAUGAUUUUACUACCUGGCCAAAAAAUUCAUUUAAAAAUCAUGAAAGUUAUCUAACAUCGUUGUAA